AUGGCGCAGCGCUGGUGGACUAGAGACCUCGACGAGGGAAAAGCCCAGGUAUUUUCGCACUUGAUUGAGCGGGUCAUGCCGCGCGAUCAAUUCGAACCGUGGGAUCCAGAUACCCGCGAGGCAUACAUGUAUGCACUGGCAGCACUGGGCAACCUCAAAGAAUCGGCCGAUUCUAUGCGACUGCCGCGUGCUCUCGUUAUUUUUGCGCAUUAUUUCGCCUUUAUGGCAGGGCAUACUCAAAUGUGGAUGAUUGGCAAGACGCCACAAAAGGAGAUAAAGGGUAUUUCUUCGCUGGUGCCGGAGGAGUGGCAGCCGUUGAUGCAGUGGCCGUUACCUGUGGUUGAGGUUGCCUUGAAUGGAUACGCAAAUCUCAGCCAAAUCGGAACUGGGCUACGACAGCGCAUAUACUCCAAAGCAUUUAUCAUCGCUGAUCCAGAUGACACCAAUAACACUUUCAUCUACCUCGUGCUCGACGCCCAAUCCGGCGAUACCGCUGUUCGGAACGGCGUUAUUCAGGGCCUAGCAAAUCUAGGCGGAGAAUACGCCCGUUAUGGCGAGCACAAUAUAGCCCUUAGCGGAACCCAUGCGCAUUCCGGUCCUGGUGCGUGGAUGAAUUAUCUCUUGCCUCAGAUUCCGUCGCUAGGCUUUGACCCGCAGAGUUAUCAGGCGCUUGUUGAUGGUGCGCUGUUGUCCAUUCAGCGAGCGCAUGAGAGUCUUACACCGGGACAGUUGAGUCAUGGUACUAUCGACAUACCAGACGGCAACACCAACAGGAGUCCAUAUGCCUACCUGGCCAACCCGGAAGAUGAGAGGGCUCAAUACGAGUACGACACGGAUAAGACGAUGACCAUGUUGCGAUUUGAUCGCACGUCGGACAGCAAGACGUUUGCCGUAUUGACUUUCUUUUCUGUGCACGGCACCUCGCUAUAUGAGAACAACACCCUUACUGCUGGUGACAACAAGGGUGUUGCUGCAUAUCUGUUUGAGCGCAGUGUCGCAAACGAUACCCGCUUUGCGGAUGGCUUCAUUGCUGGAUUCUCGCAGUCAAGUGUUGGCGAUACCUCGCCAAACGUCCUCGGCGCUUACUGUGAGGAUACCGGACUGCCAUGUCGAUUUGAGGAUAGUACCUGUAACGGACAGACGGAACUCUGUCGCGGACGAGGACCAUACUUUUUGGAGAAUGAUGCUGGAACAAAGAGUUGUUUUGAGAUUGGUCGCCGCCAGUACACGGCCGCCAAGGAGCUUUAUGAGCAGCUGGACACCAACGGCACUCAAAUCGUUGGUAGUUCCUCUGUCUCGUCGUUUCAUGUGUUUCAUGAUUUUACAGGAUACGAGUUCCCGUCACCGUUCAAUGGAUCGACGUUGACUACCUGCUACGCAGCGCUCGGAUACUCCUUUGCGGCUGGAACCACCGACGGACCUGGAGAUUUUGAUUUCACUCAGAAUGGCACCGGACCAGCCGAGAGUAAUCCCGUGUGGGCCGUUGCGCGGGCAUUUAUUCACGAGCCAUCGGCAGAGCAAAUAGCCUGUCAAGCCCCGAAGGAUAUUCUCCUUGAUGCUGGAGCGGUGAAUUUGCCAUAUGCCUGGGCACCGAAUAUCGUCGACAUUCAGCUCUUGCGUAUUGGGCAAUUGAUUGUUAUAGUGUCUCCCAGUGAAGUCACCACCAUGUCCGGUCGACGCUGGAAGAACGCAAUUCUCAACGCAUCUUCUGAGGUUCUAGGAAUCACCGACCCUCUAGUCGUUCUGGGCUCACCAGCCAACACAUACGCUCAUUACCUCACGACCGAAGAAGAGUACGGCGUGCAACGCUACGAAGGUGCAUCCACCUUAUAUGGACCCAACGAACUGGCUGGCUAUAUCAAUCUAACCCUGACAUMCCUGCCAUAUCUCGGCAGUGAAUCCGCUGUGGCGAAACUAGCCCCUAUCCCUGCCGGACCUAACCCGCCCAUCAACACCAACAACUCCCUGGACUUCAUCACCGCGGUCGUAUAUGACAGUGCACCCAUCGGACAAUCCUUUGGCGAGGUCACCGCCUCAUCUCCCAAUACAACUUACGGCCUCGGCGACACCAUAAACGCAACCUUUGUCGGCGCCAAUCCGCGCAACAAUCUGCGUCAAGAAGGCACAUUCGCGGCUGUGGAGUUCCUUAACCCAAAGACAAACGAAUGGGAAACCGUCCGCACAGACGCAGAUUGGAAUCUGAUCUAUCAAUGGGAACGCACGAACACUGUCUUGGGAUACAGUAGCGUAAUACUUUCGUGGCAAAUUGAGGAUAGUUACUAUGCGAUCGAUGACCCGAACCCGGUGCAGAGUGGCGAUGUCUCCAGCGCUAAACCCCUCUCUAUUCCUCAUCUCAGGGGCAGAGAUGCUCAGCCCAGCGCGUCGUCUAGCGCAGUCCAGGAGAAUUCAGUUGUGCCAGUCUCGUCUGUAGGGGCUACGUCGAUAGACCCUACCUCAGCUGCUCCUACGUCGACAGAUCCUACAUCGACAGGUCCUGAGUCUAUUCACCCUACAUCAGCUGCUCCCACGUCGACUGUCCCUACUAGUUUUCUAAGCACAGGAACAUCUACAGCUCCAGCUAGUUCGCUUUCUCCAGAUCCAACGACAACUAGCCCGCCACACGCAACCGAUACUGUCGCUACUAGUCUGGCCAGCACGGAAGCAUCCACUGCCGUAGUCGGUAUAUCUAGUGCGCCAGAUACGACCCCAACAAGUAGCCCGCCACUUGCGACUAGUACUGUUGCUACUAGCCAGGCUACCUCCAAGGCUGACUCAAGUACGCCAGGUACUACAACUCCGGCUGCAACAGGCACUGCUGGCGCAGCAGAGAUGACCAUUUUACCCAGCACAGAGUUGACUGGCACACCGACUACAAUUGCACCUACUACUCCUGUGUCUUUUGCUGCGUCUUCAGCUGUGAUCUCAAGCACACCGUUGACAUCUCCCUCUAGUCCUCCCUCUGCAAAGUCUUCAUCCUCGGCCGUGUCUUCGGCUAUAACCUCGACAUUCGUCACAAGCCCAUCUUCAGCACCCAUUCAGACAUAUGCCUCUCCUGACGCAAGUUCUGUCGCGAUCAAGUCUUCAAGCACCCCUGCGGUUUCUACAUCUUCCCCAACAACGGUGACGACGACAUCGCCGACAAAGAUACCCGACAUUGGUUCUAUCAAGACUUUGACCACACCAAUAUCACCACCAAGCAGCAAAGGUUCAAGCACGACUACUACUUUGACCAGCCUGUCUUCUGCGCCUGCUAUUUCGAGCGUUACCUCAAGUACUCACACUCCGACUCGCCCCCUGUUGAGUACCUAUGAAACAUCAGGGACAGGCUUAAUAACUAUUGGAGCAGCGACAGCAGCGUCUAGCGUGGUCAAACCGACCACUUCUCCUUUCCAUUCUUCCCAGCCAGCUGUUGCGUCCAGUGCAGUGACCCAAGGGACCACAACUCACUCUUCGAAAGUACUGCAUACCGCUUCAUCCGCCAUCGUCUCGGAUAUCUCUGUUAUGAGCAGUCAACCAGUGACGACUCAAUGGUCUCUUCCGUCUACAACUUCAACCGUCAGGCCACUUUCACAAGCAAGUGUAUCAUCUGUCGGUUCCUCGUCUGUGCCGGCAGUGACUGGUACGCCCGGCUUCUCAUCUGCAGCAUCAGCCGCAGCGGGGACGGUGUAUAGUGCCUCUAUACCUGCAAUUCCGGCCACAAGCGUUGUGCCUACAGUUACUGCGCAUAGUGUGCCUGCAGUGCCAAUCACAAUUGUGCCGUCAAUUUUGGAACCAUCGACCACGUUGACGACGUAUAGUGUUCCUUCCACUGCCGUUGUGCCUACGUCUAUACCAUCAACUACUACGACAGCGCGAACUACACGUUCGUCCUCAGCCGCAAUUGUUCCGACCACUACUUCCCCUGCAGUUGCAGGAGAAGGAGCUGGAUCAGCCGUGACAUCCGACACCAGCGUCCCCGUCAUCGAACCAACAAUACUCAGUACCACCCAACCUGAGAACACCGUCAAACCUGUCCCACCCAUUUCAGACGUCGGUACCGAGCUCCCGAAGACAAGCGCACAUGGUAUUCCAUCCGUCGCCAUCGAAAGCUCGACAUCAACCACGUUUGUUGCCGCACUUCCGACAAGUUCAGCAUAUAACCCCGACACAGACGUUGUACCGACAACCACAGAACCGGAGUUGGUGACUACCAUGACGGAAACAUUGACAUCGACCGAGACAUCAGCAGAGCCAACGACUACACUAAUGAUGACAUUUACAUCAACGGUAUUUGCGACCGUGACAGCUCACACUCCCUCCUCGACACCAGACCAGAAUAAAGUUGCACCAGCACCCAAUCCCUUCAUCACCACGCCCACACCUGAUGUCAACAACGCCGCGGCCUUUCCCACAGUGACAGUGACAGCAAUAAGCAUCCAGCAAAUCACGACCACGGUCACAUCCACCACUACGCAGAUAAGCACUUAUACGCCGCCGGCGGUUACGGUGCUUCUGCCCACGACCAUACCCGGUCCACAGGUCACGACCACGCGGACACACAUGGUUACGACGACGGUGGUACUAAAACAAACUCCAUCGCCCAGUUCUAGUCCUGCGCCUGCCGCUGGUAUGGGUGCGAUUUGA